GGCGACAUUUCCUGCCCCCGGGGCCAGGGUGAGAGGAGAGAUGAUGAGUUGCUGAGUGUGCACACCUUUCCGGACCACAUACACACACCCUGCUCUGGGAUCCCUUGUGAGGCUGCCCCCAUGGAGUUCCCCCUGGCCCAGAUAUGUCCCCAAGGGAGUCACGAAGUCCCCAUCCCAACCUUCAGCACCUUCCAGAUCACAGACAUGACCCGCAGGAGCUGCCGGAACCUAGGCUACACUGCGGCAUCUCCCCAGGCCCCGGAGGCUGCCUCCAACCCAGGGAAUGCUGAGAGGGCAGAGGAGGUGCCUGGAGAAGGAAGCCUGUCCCUGCAGGCCGAGACCCGGGCUUGGUUCCAGAAGACCCAGGCCCACUGGCUCCUGCAGCAUGGGGCAGCCCCUGCCUGGUUCCAUGGCUUCAUCACCCGGAGGGAGGCAGAGAGGCUGCUGGAGCCCAAGCCUCAGGGAUGCUACUUGGUGCGGUUCAGCGAGAGCGCGGUGACCUUCGUGCUGACUUACAGGAGCCGGACUUGCUGCCGCCACUUCCUGCUGGCCCAGCUCGGGGACGGGCGCCACGUGGUGCUGGGCGAGGACAGCGCCCACGCGCGGCUGCAGGACCUGCUGCGGCACUACACGGCGCACCCGCUCAGCCCCUACGGGGAGACGCUCACCGAGCCCCUCGCCCGACAGACUCCUGAGCCUGCAGGACUUUCCCUGAGGACCGAAGAAUCAAACUUUGGAAGCAAAAGCCAGGACCCAAACCCCCAGUACAGCCCAAUCAUCAAACAGGGGCAAGCCCCAGUCCCGAUGCAGAAAGAGGGGGCCGGGGAGAAGGAGCCCUCCCAGCUGCUCAGGCCCAAGCCUCCCAUCCCCGCCAAACCUCAGCUGCCCCCAGAAGUCUACACAAGCCCUGUUUCACGACACCGCCCGGCCCCACCCCCCAAGCCCUCCAAUCCUAUUUACAACGAGCCUGAUGAACCCAUAGCUUUCUAUGCCAUGGGCCGGGGAAGCCCCGGGGAAGCCCCCAGCAAUAUCUAUGUGGAAGUGGAAGAUGAGGGCCUACCCGCCACCCUUGGGCACCCUGUCCUACGGAAGAGCCAGUCCAGGCCUGUCCCAGGAGGCCAGAAUACAGGUGGCUCCCAGCUGCAUUCUGAGAACUCUGUGAUUGGGCAAGGCCCUCCCCUGCCCCACCAGCCCCCACCCGCCUGGAGACACACCCUCCCCCACAAUCUUUCUAGACAGGUGCUUCAGGACAGAGGACAGGCAUGGCUCCCCCUUGGGCCUCCUCAGUAGGCGGUAAGUCUGAGCUUGGUGAGGAUAACUUGGAGCAUCAGGUCCAGAGACCUUCACACAGACCUGGCACCCUUCUCAGGAAAUGUGGAUGGAAUAAACCAUAGGUGUUCAAGGCUGGAAAGGAGCUCAGCCAUCAUCUAUUGCAAGUAUGGCAAAGAGGUGUCAUCUUGCAUGCCAACUCCAAUCCAUUGGUCGUGGCUGCCUAGAGUGCUGCAUUGGAAAGGAUGUUAAGGUCAUAUCUGAACUCAGCAGAAAAAAAGCACAUGAUUGAUUGGUGAUGUCUGCCAUGGGUAAGAGCGGGAGGAUGAGCAGCAUUACAUUUGUCCUUACUGAUCAAAUUCAACUCCCUCACUAUGCAGAAAAGAAAACAUAGCCUGAGAGGGACAGUGACUUGGCCAAGGUCAAGGACUAGAACCAGGCUUCCUGAUUCCCUCUUUAGUGCUCUGUUCCUUACCACACAUCCACAAACUCAAGUCCAUAGGAAACAUCAGAGAUUUCCUCAAACAGGAAGUCUGGCCACUUUCCAGAGUUCUACUGCAUGGAGGCCUGGGUGCUUGCUGGGUCCCCUCCUGUGGAUCCUGGCUUAACUCUGUCCCCCUGACAGGUCUGGCCUGACCCCCAACAAAGAAGCCUGGAGGUCAGAGAAGCAAAUGCGGAGGCUGCUCCCUCCUAAGAGAUCCCAAGAAUCCAAUGGCUCAGUCCUUGGUGAUCUAAGACAGCAAAGAAGUGUGCAAGGAGGGCCCUGUUGGCUCCCACUGUCCUGGUUUCUCUUCCUGGAGUCUAAUUUCCUUGGCCCUCCGAGCUUUUGAGUCUGGGCCCUGGUCCAAUGCUGCUGUUGUCUGAGGAAUGGUUUGGUGAGAACAGAUGUUAGAACUUGUUUGUUGAUUCUCGUCUGGCUAAUAAAUCAUCACCAACUGCCUUCCCCUACAGGG